GUACAAACAUGACAUUUGAAAGAGUUGCACGCGUCUGUCGACCUCCGAAUACAUCGCGAUCAUUAUCUCUCUGGUUGAUCGACUUCCGAUGAACAUCUGUGACCUUGAAAUUAUAUUUUUAAAUGCAGAUUUCUUAUUUAGCGUUGGUGAAUCUUUAUGAUAUGCAAGAUAUCAGAUGUCAGAGCUACCCUCUUUUCUCAUUCGGUUGGGAUUUAGCUCUUCAAGCAGAAUCCUCAUCAGGAAUCCUAUUAGUCUAAAAAGUAGAGGGAAGUAGAGGAGUUUAAUUCUGGAAAUCUUGAUUCUUGAAAUCUUAACCUUGGUUGUUAUUCUAAUGCGUGCUAGAUCCUCUGGUGAUUAUUUUGUGAGCAAUUAUACUGGAUGCGCUUCUAGAGAAAGGUGCAGUGAAGAAGCAAUAGGCGAAAAGUGAAUUAUUUGAGUGAGUUUUAAAGGUGUACGGAGAGUGCUUCGAAGACGAGUACGACUACGUUUUGUGUGUCGAGUGAUUGGCUGUGAUAAACGGUGAUUACGUAAACUGGAGCGAGUUAGACUCGCCAAGUUGGAAAGAGAAUUUCAUGCUCGUGAGAAUUCUUGAGGUUCAAUGCGAUUCAGGAGCUUCUUCCGAGUGGCGAAAUCUGCUUGGGGAGUCAGGCAUUGAUAGGAAAUCGAAGUAACCAGUGCCGAGGUCAAUAUGAGCGUGAGGAUAGUUGUGAGUGUCACGGAAAUUGCGGAAAUGGAUCCUAAGGAUCGAUAUGUGGUCGAUAAUGUCGAGGCUCUUUCUACGGCGUCUGAGGAUAUCGGGGAUGGAAUUCAGGCUCAUGAUAAUGACACCAGUAAUUCUCUAUCUUCGUUGUCACAUCUCGAUCCGCCAGUGGACAGCGUGUAUAUGAUUUGCGGCGUCUUGAUUGCAAUGGUUCUAGUCGGCGUCAUCAUUGUUCUACUGGCUGUUACGAUCAGUAAGCUGCGGAAGAGGGAGGAUCAUUCGAAUGCUGUGCACCCUGAGCCAGCUGUCGUGCAGACGGCGACGCCAGGGAACAACGUCGUCUCCACGGCAUCCGUCACGACGACAACUGGUCCCGCGGAAGGCUGCUGCACACAGACCACCGUGGUGACGACCACCACCACUGCUGUCGUCACGAUGGAUAACCAUAACAAAACCGAGGAACCUGAUCCCAUCUUCACCACGACCGCCACAGCUGAACAAUUCAUUUGGCAGUUUCCGCCACCUUAUCCGCCGCCAAACACGCCACCACCUCAGUACACGUUGUACAAUGACCAGGAUACCCUUGUACACGGACUAUCAUCGGACAGGCAAGGCUUUGCGAAGGGCUUCCGAAAGAAUCUUGGGGGACGCUGGCGUCGCCUUGUGAAGAGGAAACCGGAAACAGAUACAUGUGCCUUUCCACCGGAACUCAAGGAUCAGUUGAAGACCAUCUAUGUCUAUUGACAGCCUCAAAUGGGCCAUCACCUAUUUAUUAUGUGAACCUUCCACUCGAUAAUCUAUGCUUUCCUGUAUUGUAAGAUAAUUAAUGACGAGAGAUUUCGCGCGUGUGCUGAGAGUAUGACUAGCGUGCAUGAGAGUCUGUUUUUUUGUUGUUGCGUGAUUGUCACCAUUAAAGAGCAGCGACCAUUGUCGGCGAAAGUAUCAGCAGUCAGAAAGAGAUGUAUUUGUAAUCAUACAAUCUAUGUUUUACGCUUCGGUCGAAAAUUCGGAUAGACGGUGCUUGGUCGAGAAGAUCGUCCCACAACUUCCUCUCUUCUAUUUGUAAAUUUAUAUUUUGAUAUUUGAAUUCCUAAGUGGGGAAAAAACUUCUUUUUAAAAGAAAUCCAGAGACUGGAAGUUGUGUGACGAAUGUAUUCAAAAUGAGAGCCGGCUGGGCUCGAAAUUAACGAAGAGUAAAUAUCACAUAUCUACAGAGUGCCUCGCUUCGAAAGCGCUCACUGGACUGGAGAAACAAAGCGUUGCCCUGCGAUUUAGGAAGCUUUUAUAUUAGUCACUUGGCCAGCGCGUUUGUACAGAUUUUAAAACACAACCAGUGCCUAAUUCGGAGGUAUCUUUAGCAACGAACGGUCAUUUCGCAAAAAAAAAAAAUGUUUGACAAACGUUUAAUCAACAUUUUACAAUUUUCUCCAGUCGCUUUCGGUUCAACGUAUAUGCACGCUGUAAUGUCGACCAAGAAAGUGCCUUUUUCACGUACUAUCCGCGCAAGAAAGUGUACGCGUCAGUUGUCGCGAGUGAGUUGCACCAGUUUUUUUUAGCGCUGCUAGCCGUUUUUAGAGAAAAAGUCGCAUCAUCCGAUAAGGUGGCGGUUCUUACGCAAAAAAUUGAAUAAAACUGUGUUAAGAUCGAGUCAAGAGGAAGGUUUGAUGACGGCUAGCAAUAAGUAGCAAUUUGAGUGUGCUUCUCAGUUGCCAACGGCAUACGCGAAUCGAAAGUACGAAUAAACUGGAAUCGUAGAACUUCGUUCCACUGAACGACGUGGCGCAGGAAGAAGAAGAACUCGAUGAGACUGAAAACGUAAAGAGUACGACAAAACGAGUUACCUCGUAGCUUUUGUGUACGUUUUUACACUCGAUUAGUAGAGACUAACUUCGAGAAACUAGUAUUAUGUACACCCGGGAAACAUGACCCUCGGUGCUGCCUUUCCACAGGCUUCUUAUUCUUCUUCUUCGUCAUUCGCAUCUCUUGGCAGCUCCGUGGUCAGUGAUUAGGUUGUAUAGCAAUAAAAGCGUUCGCCUUAAAUCGUAUGCGUGGCCAAAUCCUCACCGAGAUGGCGGAUCAUCGUUGCUCGCCGUGUCUUCGAGGACGAUGAAGGAGAAAAGAGUGCAAACUUUCUGAAAUCCUUCUGGUUUUCCCGGAGGCGAAGAAAGCGGAGUAGCAUUUCUUAGUGAUUUCGGACAAGGCCGGUUUAAGACUAUUAACGGUACGACGACUCAUAUUGAGUCCUUAUUAUACGCUAACAUGGUAUUUUAGUUGAAUUGUUGUAUUAAAUGGCGUCAGUCGAGGAAACGGGAUUCGACGCUCUCGGCGUGGAGCCUCGAUUCUUUGUCGUCCAUAUAAGUUUUAUGUUGACAAUAUAGUGUUAUUUUUUUUUGCACACGCGUGCUCAUGCAGUUAGCUAAUUUAAGCGGUCUCAGUCAGAACGGAAAAUUUGUCGAAAUUUUGGAAAGGCGUGAUCGAUAUGGACACUGCGGUGGUCAUAUGGACGUCCAACUUUUGUCUCUGUUCCUUUGUAGUUCGACCUACAGUGAUUUUUAGUUUAAGAAAACAUGGCCGAUUAAUUUGUAAAUAAAACGUGUACUGUGUAUGUUUAUUUAAAUCCGCAGUUCGGCAUAAUGUUUAAACGCGACACGAGGAGAAUAAGGUAUUUUCAAUUGAUUGUCAGCUAAGUUUAUUUUGUGGAAGAGUGUUAAAGGGGGAAGCGAUUGUUGAAAUACAUGAGAAUAAACCUUAUUUUAUUAAUAUUUUCGUGAAAAUGUCAUAAAAUGAUCAUUAUUAAUUAUUUUGAAGAUAUUACAAAAAUAAAGUUUUUUUACAAUAAAUUUGUUUUCUCGUCCGGCAUUCGGCCAAGUGAAGUUAGCUGGGGAUGAAGUGAAAAUGCCAGAUUCCCUGAAGAACAACGAUGUGUUUACAUAUCUCAACUGUAUAAUAUUUUGUUUCUUAACGAAUACAAUAGGAUGAGGCUGCGUUCUCACUACCUAGUCACUUGUUGAUAAUGCGAAAAGUUUCACUAGAUCAUUUCUGUGCAGCUUUUUAUUUUCCAAUGUCUCAAUACAACAAUAUCAAAUAAAGUAUUAAAAAAGAU